AAUGACGUCAGACGAGGAGGUUGCUGUGGCAACGUGACGCUGCGGCCUUGUCAUGGCUCUAUCCCGGGUUCUCCUGGUCGUUGUCGCCUUGUGGGGUCAGGGCGGGCCGGUGAGGGGAGCCUCGAGCGGUGUGACAAUCUGCUCCUGUGACCUUUCACCUGGGAACUGUGACCUAAACUGCUGCUGUGAUGCCGACUGCUCCCUAAGUGAUCCCACCAGCGUCUUCUCUUCCUGUGUCCCCGGCAGUACCAAGGCGGAGAAGUUGGUGUGUCUGUAUAGUUGGCUGAUAUUUCGCAACAACACCCCUUACGCCACCACCGUGGUCGGCUCGCCCCCCACUCAACUCUUCUGCGUCCUCUCUGCUGACGCCUCCUUGAACUACUUUGUCACCCCUCAGACUGUGAAUGUAUCGAACUUCCAGUCUAUCAGUGAGCCAUACAAAGGCCUAUCCUUCUCCGCUGCCUCACAAAGUGUCCCUGUCUUCUCCAGCUUCUACAAGGCCGGCGAUCCCGUCCUCACAGUGUCUGCUUCCAAUGCUCUAAACGUGCUGAGACAGCCAGCCCCUGUGGGGGGGCAAAAUCUCUGUUCCGACAACAGUCCUGCAAAAUUCCUGCUGAGCAGCAGCACGAUGUGCAUGCGGGUGUUCAGUAAUUUGACUGACGGCUGUGAGACGGAUCUCUCCCUGGACCCAGCCUACUAUUACCAGGAUAUCGCCGUGCUCAGGGUGCCGGCGGGUGUCUCCGGUCAGGGAGCCAGAACGGUCCCAAUAACCAGCCCUGUGACAGACAGGCCCGUUCUGCUGGGGGACCAGUGUAACAACGUUGUGUCCCAGGUAACCUACACAGUGCUGUAUAAUGGAACUCAAGGCAUCUCUAGUGUAAGUGUUGACUUUACACUCAGCAAUGUGUCCAUCACCAGUACCAGCAUACAGCAGAAUACCACCGUCCUUUAUAAGCCCAUCACUUCAGCCGCUGGCAGCUCUGUUCAGACUCGGAGUGGGAAUCCCGGUUAUCUCACUGGAUAUCCUGUGCUGAGCAACAAUGGAAAUCUGUUGUUACUGCGGUCUCUGGUUGGAGAGUCAUGCUCCUACAGUCCGGUCCAGUUUGGAAUGAAUGCAAUGAGCGGCUGCACAAUCCGUGGUACAGCCCAGGAUUCUUGCAGUAGUUUCCAGGCUCGGGCAUACCAAAUUCUGCUGGGGGGGAACGCACCGCAGAGUCUGGCCAUAUAUGGCAACGUCACAGCUGCACAGAGCGAGCACUGGACCCAGAUCAUCUAUCAGAACUGCAGCAGUCAGGGCACCUGCUCCUCUGGCUGCCUCAUCCCCGUCCUUCUGAACAUGCAGAUCAUGUGGGCACAAGUUGGGCUCUUCUCUAAUCCUCAGGCUCAGCUGCUGGGUGCCCGCUUCCUCUACACAUGCCAAUCUGUCAAGUGUCAGGACUUGACGGUUCUGCAGACUCAGGUCUCAUUCACUGAUCUCACCAGCCGUGGCCCCGCCCCUCGCGCCAGCCCUGGUAUUACUGACCGGGAUCCAGUGGAUUUCUUCUUCCCGUUUCAGACGAACAAAGCUGUGACAAAUUCCAGGUCUCUCCUCCUGUAUUUAGCACUAUACUGCUGGCUGAUAAUGCAGGUCGGAAGAAGUGUAUGACCAACACGUGAUCCAUGCUGGAGAAGAGAUGACAGAUCGUCUCAUACACAGAGACUGCAAGCAAGAUAAAUACUUGUAUGAAAGCCGUUAUGCAAGUGAUCUGUUUCAGGGUAGUGAACUAGAAAUCUGUUAAGUUCUCAGAACCUGACAUGAAGGCCAGAAGGCGGCUUCUACAUUUCUCACAAAGGUAUAAAAGGAAACUCCGGCUAAAUUCGGAUCAAAGGCAGAAAUUGACAUCUAUUGUGUACUUGAAACCAGUGCGCUUACCUUGGAUAAUCACAAGAGUACUUUAGUUGGGUACCAAACAUCAGAACUAUUGGGGACCAUUCAGGCUGUGCGCUGGGACAGUCACUUUGCCCAUGCAGGGCAUAGUAACAGUGUCUCCACAAGGGGCAUUAACCCCACGCCACCCCCCUAUAUUUCUGCUAAAAUUUAUGUUACUAUACACGAUUUAAUUAGUGCCAACAGUUUGGACAGGGCUUUAUAAGAUAGCUGCAAGCUCAUUGGUCCUCCGUAACCAGUGAGCAUACCCAACAUUUCUGGGUAUGGGGGAGCAUGAGAAAUGUCCCCUUUUGGCAGUGCUGAGAUCUAUAUAUAAAAAAAAAACAAAUCAAUCUGUAGGCCCGAGUACAAUCACACAAGCAGGAGAGCAACGGCUCUGCUUCCCAGGUCACCAACACAGGUGAUUUCAGAAGAAUAAAGGAGCUGCAACAAAACGCAGCCCUAUGGGGGGGGGG